AUGUUAUUAAAAUCAUUAAUUUCAAUUUCAAACAAAACAAACUCAUCUUCAUUAAACUGUAUCCAUAGUGAAACACCUUUAAAUAACUUUUCAAAAAAUGAAAUUGUUUCAAUUAAGAACGCAACUUCUUUUUUUACAAGACCAAAUUUUUUAAAUUUUUAA